AGUGGUGAUGUUCAUUGCUGUGGUAUUGCUCGAUUUCGAACUCGAAAUAAUAUUCCAUCACCUAUUCAUGAUUCUAAAUUAAUCUAUCAAAUAAUUUCAUCUGCUAUUGUCAAUAGACCACCACCAAACUUUGUUAUUCGUGCUGUUCUUUUAUUUAGUACGAAAUUGUAUCCAAUUACUAAUACCGAAGAAGAAAUUAUUGACUUUUUUGAUCAAGCACCAGAAUAUAGAGCAAAAUUAUUUUUUCGAAAAUUGCUUCCAAAUCGAAAUUGGUGUUAUUUUGAACAAUGUGAAUCAAUGGAUCGAACUCCUACUGAUAGUAUUACUCAAGAUAAUUUUUUGGACAAAUAUUUUUGGCCCAUUAUAGACUUUCUUCUAUUAUUGCUUGGUUUGAGUUUAAUUCUCUAUUGGAAACAUUAA